AUGUUAGGGUUCGGUGCUCCAGAAAUUUCUAUUACACUGCAUCGCCAUUACUUUCUGCCAGAACGUACCGUACACGUUAAAGAAACUAAAUUUGGAAGUGGAUUUGCAUUUUGUCCUCGGCCUCUAAAUAAUGGGCAAAUAAAUAUUGAUAAUAUUGCGACUAAUUCUGAAUGGCCUGGAUGGUUGGGAAAAUUCAAGACUAAUACUGCGUUGGAAUAUGAUAGUAAUUGGAAUGUUACAAAUUGGGGAUACCCAGCAAUAUCACAAAGACCAAAUUUGAAAACAAAAGGAGGUAGUCAAAUAUCAGACAAAAAACCGGUGGAAUUGUUCAAAUUGCAUUUAGGUGAUAUCCCAGUUGAUGAGAAGCCCCUAUUACCGACUGGAUUAAACUAUAAGAAAGCAAUCACAGAUUAUCUUCGUGAAAUGGGAAAAAUAAUCAAAGAAAGAUUAGGAAGAAACUGGCCACAUCUUGAUUUCCACAACGACGUACAAAUAGUAAUGACUAUACCUGCGGAAUUUAUUGAAAACACAAAAGCUAUUAUGCGAAAAUGUGCUUUUGAUGCGGGAUUAAUAAAUAAAAAAGAUUCAGAAAAUUUAACAUUCACAACAGAACCGGAAGCGGCAGCACUCUAUUGUUUGCAUUAUGUUCAUGAUUAUCAAUUAGGAGAUUGCGAGCACUAUAUGAUUGUUGAUUGUGGAGGUGGAACAGUAGAUUUGACAACACGAAAAUUAUUGCCAGGAAAACAAAUUGGUGAAGUAACCGUGCGUACAGGGGGUUAUUGUGGGAGUGCUUAUGUUGAUAGGCAAGGAAUUCUUAAGAUUCUUGACGAAACAAAUUGGGUAAAAAUAUUAUUCACGGGUGAUCCAAAAGAUUAUAGAAGAAAAAUAUUAGAUAUCGAAGAAUAUUGUCCAGCAGCGAUACAAUAUAUCAAUUAUUUAAUGCGACCAAAACUAGAGGAAAAUCAAUGGCGAAUUUUUCUCGACUUUGACACGGUAAAAUCAAUGUUCGAGCCAGUUAUUAAUUCUAUAAUCAACUUGAUUCAGAAACAGAUUGAUGCGUCACCAGCGAAAUGUCAGGUGAUUUUCUUAUGUGGAGGGUUUGGAGAGUCACCGUAUUUGUUAAAGCGUGUGAAGGAGAGAUUCGAAACACCAUCAACUAUGAUUUGUGCACCGCAUCAAGCUGUUACUGCUAUUGUUCGCGGCGCUGUUUUAGUAGGCAUUAACGAAAGUUCUAUAAAAACACGAGUAUUAAAAUGGACAUACGGCAUAGAAUGUUACAGACGAUGGGAUCCAACAAGGGACCCUAUAGAGCGUAGAGGUCCAAAUGGUUAUGUUAGGUCAUUCGACAAAUUAGCAACGCGUGGAGAAAAAGUAAAUGUCAAUAAAGAAUAUAAAAAAAAAUAUUCUACAACUCAUCCGACGACUGUCAGUUUUCCUGUAUAUACUUCAAGCAACGAAAAUGAGGUUUAUUGUGAUGGGUUGAAGCGUUUAGGAGAAUUAGAAAUUGCUAUUCCAAAUCCUCAGGGUCUGAAACGAGAUAUAGAAUUCUCUUUAUUUUUUGGCCAGAUGGAUAUUAAAGCUAUGGCACGUAUUUUGGAAACGAAUCUGCAAUGUAUUACAACGCUUAUGUUUGAUCAGGAUUAA